GUAAUGCAAUUCACACAAUCAUUAUGAACAACAGACAGCUUCAAACACGGCAGUGAAACAAGCCACAAAAACGAUGGGUUAUAGAUACAAUACACAGAUUGUUGAACGAGGGAAAAAGAAAUAAAAAGAAUUUGAAAUAAAAAGUACAAAGGAACCUCGACAAAAUGAAGAAAACGGAUGAGGCUAGCAAAGAGUUGGUGGCUCAUCUUCCUGAUGUUGUCAUUGAAGCAGCCAGGGGACUCAAGCAGCUCCCUGCUGUCCAGAAACUCAACGGAGUCCUCAUGUUUCUGGAUAUCUCUGGUUUCACAGCCAUGUGUGAGCAAUUCUCACUGCAGAACCACGGCGUUGACGAACUGACCAAGACUCUCAAUGACUACCUGGGCCACAUUGAAGACUUGGUGCUCAAGGCAGGGGGAGAUGUCAUCGAAUUUGCAGGUGAUGCAAUGCUUAUCCGGUGGAAUGCACCAUCAGUUGAAGCCAGCGUGACGGCCAUAGUCAAAGCCAUUAUCUGCUCUAGGAGGAUCAUGAAGACAUGCAACAACUGGGAUACUGAAGUAGGGGUCAAGCUGGGAGUCAAAAUCGGUCUCUCUGCAGGAGAGGUGUUCCUGACCUAUGUCGGCUCCAAGUCCUUUCGUCUCUUCUCCUCCAGCGGCCAGGCCGUGCGCGACGUCAACGAAGCCGAGAGGUACUGUGAGAAAGGCACCAUUAUCCUAGCCCCGUCUGCCUGGGCGCUGUGCCCUGAACGCAAGGGAAUCAAUGUGGAAAAGCUUGAGGAGGGCCAUAUCAAGGUUCUCAACAUAAGGAAGACAUGGGCUGAGUCCGAAUUGACGAAAGAAUCCCCGCCUCAAGAACAACAGAAACCCAAGGCACUGGGUGGAUUUCCAUCACUGCGACAGCUGAACUUGAAAAAUGUUCACAAACAUGAUUUGCGUCCCUUCAUUGCUGCACCAGUGUUACACAAGGUGGAUGAGAACCAGCCAAUGGAAUACCUGUGUGAGAUGCGAGAUGUCACUGUGGUCUUCAUCAACCUGUCUCUGGACCAUGGUCACGACCACGGCCGCUCGCUGCAAGGUGUUUAUGACAAGAUCUCCACCUCAGUUGUCCAGUUUCAAGGAGUCAUCAACAAGAUUUUUGAGUUUGACAAGGGUACCAGUUUCUUGGUGCUGUUUGGUUUGCCUGGCUUCAAGCAUGAGGAUGAAGUGGGCCAUGCCUUGCAGUGUUCCAGUCAGAUCACGACGACGGUCAACGACAUGAUAGAAGUCAGGCAAGUGUCUGUGGGUGUAACAACAGGCAAAGUUUUCUGCGGGGUCGUCGGUCAUCCAGAGCGACAUGAAUACACAGUUAUCGGGCCCAAGGUGAACAUGGCAGCGCGUCUGAUGAUGAACUACCCAGGCAAGCUAUCAUGCGAUGAGGAGACGCGUACUCGAUCAUACCUGGAGGCUGCUCACUUCCACGACCUGCCUGAGAUCAAACUCAAGGGAAUGGACAAUCCAGGACCCAUCUCAGAAUACAUCGACUCUGCCGUUGGGAAAGAUCACUCUAUUCCAGAGGCCAAGCAUGCACUACUAGGCUAUACGCCUGAGUUUCUAGAUGCCCUGAAUACCUUAGAGAAGGUGUGUAGUUCAUCCAGCGAUUACAGACAUCCGUUAUUCCUGGUGGUUGAGGGUGAGCCUGGUGUAGGAAAGACACGCUUCCUGAGAGCUGUCAUUGAUGCCGCUAUCAAGAAUGAUAUGAGGAUUGCGUGUAGCAGACCCACCGUCAGCAGCACCAGUAACCCCUACACCACAGCCUGCUAUCUCAUCACUGAGCUACUAGAGCUAGCCGAUAUCCCCAGCCCACAGGAGAGGGAACAGAUACUGGAGGAACGUUAUGGAGGAACCGAGAUGUAUAAUAGCCUGAGUCUGCUCAACAACCUGCUGGGAAUACAGCUUUCUGCCCACGAGUCCGUAGCCAGCCUCUCCCCAGCGGGGCGUACCAAAUCCCUCCAACGCCUCCUGGGUCGUAUCGUCCGAGACACCCAACUAGACACCAACACGGCCACUCUGAUAGCCAUCGAUGACGCCCAAUACAUCGACAAGGACUCCUGGGCUUACUUACGCUUCUUCGCCGGCUACUCUUGCCUGUUCGUUCUAGGCAUGGGAGAGCUCAGGAAGGGGGCGGAGUCUGAGGCCGUGGAGGGGAGGGAGAAGAUCUUGAACAGUCCACUGUGUAUCCACGUCAAGCUUGACGGGCUGGAGUCUAUCAAUAUGGAACCGUUGCUGUGCCAGCUGCUGGAAGUGGCUAGCGUGCCCAGGGAACUCACCAAUUUGUUGGGCUCUCGUCUGGCAGGCAAAAUCAACCCAUCCUGGGUCAAGCAGUGUGUCAGCAAUCUACUGCAUCAUCAGUUGCUGGAGAUCAACACCAAGGGCAAGCAACCUCACUGCAAUGUGGCCGAGGGAGUCAGACUGAUUGAUCUAGAGAUACCUGCGUCGCUCAGUGGGUGUAUGAUUGCCUUCAUUGAUCGUCUCCCUGCUGCCGAGGGUACAGCUGUCAAGAUAGCAUCCAUCAUUGGGGCCUCCUUCAAUAAUGCAGUGCUCAGCCAUCUCAUGCCUCUUACUCCAGCACACAAGGUCCUUGAGAGCAUAGGAGGCCUCAUCUCAGCAGGAGUCUUCAUCUAUGAGAAUGGGCUGUUGCGAUUCCAGUCGGCCACACUUCAAGAAACAGCCUAUGGACUCCUUGUGGAAAAACAACGGCGCAAGCUGCAUGAGAGAUAUGCCAUCUACUUGGAGCAACGUUACCUCGGAUUCAGCAAGAAAAAAAAAAAGAUGUUCAGCCUGAUCAAAAAGAAGAGUCGAAUGGUUCAGCAGAGGAAACCGGCAAGUUCUGGAGAGGUGGCCUUGCAGUUGAUCUACCCUCAGCUUGUGACUCACUGGCGUAAGGCAGGGAACCAGACCAAGACUGUGGAGUACCUGAUCCAUGCUGCCGAGUCGGCCGUUGCCCUGGGGAACACCAUGCAGGCAAUCUCUUUCAUCUAUCAAGCCAAGGGUCUGUUGCCAACUCCGGACCAGAUAGUGCAUCUUGACGCACUGGCUGCUAAGGCGACUACUAGUCUGUUCUUAACCAGAGAGAAACGGAAGAACAUUUCAGUCAACAAGCAGCGAUGGCAGUGGGCUGCAGCGAAAGCUCUCAAAGCCUCCCGCGCUGCUAAGGAUGACGCCAAGGAGGAGCCGCGUAAACCUAUCGACCCUUACUACGCCAAGCCUGUCAGUUACCCUAAACGACCUACAAGUAUUCAGAAGAAGCCAAGCUGGACCAAAGGGCAGCUGAUAGCACUGACUGCUGCCGCUCUCCUGCUUAUGUUUCUUGUUUUAUGCUACAUUUUUGUCAAGUAAAAUCACUGGUCUAAUCAGAUAUCCGUGAACGGCAAGUUAGUUCCAAUUCAAAUUGUGAGAAAGUUUUAUCAUGGACAGUAACAUUCACAAAGAAGUCGGUAGAGACAUGUUAAAAAAAUUAAGAGAAAUUAACUGUUCUUUUUUUCAGCAGUGCAAUGCAGCAUUUUUGUAAAUAUAAAAUUAAAGUCCUGAAGGAUUAUUAGUACUAUUUAAUCGUUGUUCUACCUCCUACAUGUACAUAGUUAUCAAAUGUAAGUUAUAUUCAACUGCGAUUUAUAAAGAGCUACAUGUAGCCUCGUGCGAAACUUUACCGUGAAUCACAACUGACUUACCUAAAAUAAGUUGGGUUUCUAGCAAUAUUUUUAACUGCAUGUAUCCUCGUACAAAACUUCACCGCCAAACAGGCAUUGUAACUGACUAUCCUAAAACAAGCUAGGUUUCUAGCAAUAUUUUUAACUGCAUGUAGCCUCGUACAAAACUUUACCGCCAAACAUAACUGACUGACCUAAAUUAAGUUGGGUUUCUAGCAAUAUUUUUAACGGCAUUUUUAAGAGAGCAAUAUUUUUAACUGCGUUAUCAAGUCAGGGCCUUGUUCAAGACAUUUCCGCUAAACAUAACUGAGUGCCCUACUAUUGGAUUUCUAGCAAUAAUUGCAAGGACAUUACAAUGCUAUUUAUACUUUGAUAGUUGGCAUAGUUAAAAUGAAAAUUCAUUUAGGUCUUUAUGUAAAAUUACA